AUGAACCACUCCAAAAACCACUCGCAGGAAAAUAAACCCAACGUACGUACGGUCGCAGGGUACGCGCCGAGCGCCCGCUCCAACCACCGCAAAGCCAACGCACGCACGCUCCUACCCGCACUCGCACUCGCACUCACACGCGCGCAGAAUCAAAUCAGAGAGAGAGAAGAAAAGAGAAGUAUGGAAAAUUUCGACAAGCCUAGUGGUAUACGUAUGUAAUGUACUUACAGCUACACGGUGCGCAGGCGGCGGGCGGGCGGCGGGGACCGCCCCGAUCCGCGGCGUGCACGGGGGAGGACACAAAUCGACAGGCGGGACGGAUAGAACGGGGAGGGGUAGAGAGCGAUAGGGAUAGGGAUAGGGAUAGGGACAGGAACGGGGGCGGGACUGCGACGGGGGCGGGACUGCGACGGGGGCGGGACUGCGACGGGGGCGGGACUGCGACGGACUUUGGACACUGAGACGCCGAGACGCCGAGGGGGGCAAGAGCGCAUCAGGAGGGCGCGUCAUGGACGGGGACGAGGACGAGGACGAGGGCGGGACGCACCGACUGCUCCCUCUGCGCUCAACGCGACUAACCAAAAAGCUCACCAACGACAACGACAACGCACCCUCCCCAUCUCGCAAUAUCCAAAAAAAAGCGACACACAAAGCGACACACAAAGCCACGCACGCACGCCACCCCUCCCCGCGGUCACCCCGCGACGCGAUCACUCCGCGCCGGCCUCCAUGACGCGGCCGACGAGCUCGCUGAGCCAGGCCUCGAAGCGGACCUGGUCGAGCACGCCCGCGGCGUCGAAGAAGGCGUCGUAUCCGCGCGCGGCGUCCGCGUGGCCCUUGGCGAGCAGCGACUUGCCGGCGCCCGAG